GUGGGGCUGGUUCUGGGCGGCCCCAGGUGUGUCAGCGCGGAGCAUGUGAUCCCGGCCGCUCCCUCUGCAGGAAGCAAAGCGGAGGAGGAAGCGGGAGUAGGAUCAGUCGAGUCUGCUCCCCGGCCGGGUGGUGUCUCUGAGCAGCAGCCUCGCAGGAGCUGAUACCGACUAUGAUUAUGUGUUUCGUACUGCUGUGUCAGCUGCCAAUAAUGUUUGCAUUUCCUCAUUGUGCAAGAUUAAAGAAUGUGAAACAUAAAGGGAAAGAAGUAUUCGCAUCAGAAAAAGAAGCCAAUUUGUUCCUGAAACGACAUCUUCUAAGUAACAGAUUUGAUUUUGAAGUAUUUACCCCUGGUGAUGUAGAAAGAGAAUGCUUUGAAGAACUGUGCAAUUAUGAGGAAGCAAGAGAAUUUUUUGUAGAUCCUGAUAAAACGAUGGCGUUUUGGAAAGAAUAUUCAAAAAAGGAUCCCAGUACAACAAUCAAUGGUGAGGGAUUACAGAAGAUUGAUGUUACUGGACUUCUGAUUGGCCUAGUUGCUGCUGGAGUGCUGGUGGUUUUAGCUGGAUUACUACUUUACUAUUUUUUCAAAAGUAGAUGCAAAUCAAGGCAACCACCAGGAUAUUCCAACUAUGUAAGAAGUAGAAGACGCCAUUCAUCUAUCAUCUUCAGAAGACAUGAAGAAGUAUCUUUAAAUCCACUUCCUCCAAGAACAGAUGAAUCAGGACUUCCAACUUAUGAACAAGCAGUGGCAGUUGAUGGAAGAUGUGAUGUUUCACCACCACCAUACCCAGGGCCUGCAAAAGGGUUUAGGGUGUUUAAGAAGUCCAUGUCACUUCCUGCUUCCUAAGCACAAACCUGCUUCCUUUCUUCCUUGGAAGAUGAUGAUAUAUAUUUGACAAAAUGCAAUACCUUGCACACUGCUGAACAGUUCACAAAAAUGUGAAAGCUUGCUGAUCCUCGGCAUAGGACUGAGUGAAACUACCAUGCAGACAAAGAAGCUAUUGUUUUGGAAAUAGUUUGUUUCAUGAUGAAGAUUACUUGUUUGUACAUGGUUUUGGUGCUAGGAACUGAAUUUUGUAUAAAGAUACAAAUUUUAUAUUGGCCACUUGCAUUUAGGGCCAAGCCACUAAAUUAGUGAUAUGCCAUUAACAGUUUUGUUUUGUUUGUUUGUUUCUUUAGAAGGAAAAAUAUUUUAAAUGUUGAAAAUGGUCUUUUAGAGAGACAAACAGCUUACUUUCUGGCUGCUCAAAUGUUAUACCUCUGUGAAUAUAAUAAGUAUGCAGUAGAAAGUGGAUUCUUAGUUCUUGGUUUGGAGGUAGGGUUAGCAUUUAGUUUUGAAAAAAAAUGUUUUUAUUAAACUUUUUAGAACUU